AUGCCUUCGUUAAAAGUCGUUUUAUUGACAGACUCUGAUUCACUUAGUCGAAAUACACCCUUGCCAUAUAAAUAUUAUGGGCAAAAGUUAUGGGAAACAAUUCAAACUACUGUUAAGAAGCUCAAUUAUAGUUGUGAAACAGUGGAAUUAAAUAAACUUGAUUUUCAAGAACAUGAAUCUGUUAAUAAAUUUCUUAAUGCUGAAAUUGUUAUUAUGGAUGUUACAAAUCAAGAUCGUCGUCCUACAUUUAUGUAUCAGAAAGGAAAUCGUGAAAGUGUAGAUUGUAUGGAUGAUAUUGUAUUAAUUCAAGCUAGUGGUGUUGAAAAUGAUGAUGCUAUUGAAGAUCUGAAAACGACAUGUAAAAUAAAACAAAUGAUUGUGUAUCGAUAUAAUGAAGAAAAAGAUGUUUUUUAUGAUGUGACGACACGAACAGCAAAUCCAUUGCCAUUACUUACCACUAGUUUAAAAUUUUUCUUAAACGAAGCUGCUAAUAAUAUGCAGCAAGGUCUUGUUACUCGAUACUUAAAUCGUCUGGAAAAACGUAAAAAUGAAGCUCAUGAUACAAAUGCUGAACGUAAAUAUCUAUGGCAAGAAAUUUGUAAUGAAAUUCUAACAGAAGCAAAGCAAGAAUAUGCUACACCAAAAUUAAUUACGCAGCUAAUGUAUGCUUUUCGAGAUAUACAAGAUUAUCAAUCAAUGAUAGAAUUAAGUGAACGUUGUGAACAAAAUGAAACAAUAUCAAAAAAACUUCAAAAUAAUAUGAUGAUUUCAUAUUUAACAGCAUUUGCACGUAGUCGGCGAAAUGAAAAUAAUGAUCGUGAUAAAGCAUUAGAAAUUCUUACAAGAUUAUGUCAAACAAAAAAAACUGAAAGUGAAUUAUCAAAUGAUAUUAUUUGUUUAUGUGGAAGAAUUUAUAAAGAUAAAUAUACGGAAUCAAAUUGUCAAGAUCAAGACUCAUUAGAAAAAGCUAUUGAAUGGUAUCGAAGAGGUUUUGCUGCUGAUCCUAAUAUCUAUGCUGGUAUUAAUUUACUACUUCUUUUGGCAAUUACAACAGAUGAUUUAAGACGGAAUAACGAAGCAUAUAAAAUAAUUAUUCAACUAAAUACAUUGCUUGGUAAAAAAGGACAUUCUCUAAAAGAUUUAAAUGAUUAUUGGAAUGUAGCUACGUAUUUUGAAUUACAUGCUGUUCUACAUGAUUGGUCGAAAGCAUGUCAAGCAGCAUUACAUAUGUAUUUACUUAAUCCUCCAAUAUGGUAUUUAAAAUCUACAAUAAAUAAUUUAAAAAUUCUUCAUCAAGCAACACGCCUACGUGAUCAAGAACAAUUAUCACGUGGUCAAUCACCAAUAAUAACUGCUGAUGAACAAAUAUACAGUUUUUGGAUAGAUUUUUUUAGUGACGCUAUAAAUUCUAAUUCAACAUCAUCUGAAGAAAGAGAAUUACCAGCUCAAGUACCAGUUCUUGUUUGUGAUACUUAUGAGAAAACUGAUGGAGCACCAGUAAAUAAUUUUUAUGUUGAAGCACAUUUACAAUUAAAUUUUCAUACGGGUCAAGAACCUGAAACACUUGUUAUACGUAUAAUUGAACAACAAAAACAAAUACGUAAAGGUGAUCUUGUUAAAACAAUUUAUAUGAAUUCAAUUCGAUCUAUUAUAAACGUUAAACGUGAUAAUCGAUCUAUUUUUUUAUAUGCAUAUGAAAAUUCUGAAAAAUUUUCAUCUGUUGAAUUUCAAAUUUAUUUUCCAUCAGCUGAACGACGUACAGCGUUCAAUGAAAAAAUGUCCAAAUAUCGUAGUGAAACGAAUGUUGAGGAAGCUAAAUUAGAAUUUGAUCUUGCAUUUGAUUGUGAUCAACAUGGUCAACGUAUUGCACUCGGUCAAGGUAGAUAUGGAAAAGUUUAUGUAGCACAAGACCGUACACAAGGAAAGAAAUUUGCUGUCAAAGAAAUUCCAAUGCGUGAUCCAUCUUAUACAGAAAUUGUUGAAAAUGAAGUUAAAAUAUUAGCAACACUGAAACAUAAAAAUAUUGUUAGAUAUUAUGGUACAGCUAUUGAUUCAAGAAAAAAACCUCCAAUCUUUCAAAUUAUUAUGGAAUAUGUUGAUGGUGGUAGUCUUUCGAAACUUCUUUCGAAAUAUGGACAAUUUUCUGAAGAAUCUAUUAGCAUGUAUACUCGACAAAUUCUUGAAGGUCUACAAUAUUUACAUGAAAAUCAUAUUUUACAUCGAGAUAUUAAAUCAGCCAACAUUCUUAUUAAUUCAGCAGGUGAAAUCAAAAUUGCUGAUUUUGGUACAUCAAAACGUCUUGCUGGUCUUCAUCUUUGUACAGAAGAUAUUGUUGGAACUCCUCAAUAUAUGUCUCCUGAUGUUGUUGUUGUACCUCUGAUGGGUUAUGGACCAGAAGUUGAUAUUUGGAGUGUUGGAUGUACAGUUAUUGAAAUGAAAACUGGUAAAGAACCAUAUCAUAAUAUAAGAAAUAAUUAUGCAAUGUUAUAUAAACAUGCCAAUGAAAAACAACCACCUGAUAUUCCUUCUGAACUAUCUGAUACAGCUAAAGAUUUUCUAGCCAAAUGCUUUGAACCAGCGGAUAGACGUCUAUCAGCUAAAGAUUUAUUAAAUCAUCCAUUUUGCAAAGGAAAAGCUGGAUUAACACGAGAAUCAAGCACUGCUCCUAUUGUUGUAUCAGAUCCUUCAUCUUCGUCAAGACAAAGUUCAAUUGACGAGGACGGCAUGUUUUUUGAACCAGCUCGUAUUCUAACAGAUCAAAUAUCAAUUGACGAUCGUCGUCGAAGCGAAUUAGCAAAUUUUUUACGUGAUGAAGAAAGCCGAGCUUAUCUCGUUAAUCAAUGGAUGAGUUUGAUAGAAGAAAAAAGUGAAACUGAACAAUUAACUACUAAAAAACUCUCAAUUUUAUUAGAUGGUAUUUGUGAUUAUUUGGAUCAAGGAAAUGUAGGUUCAUUAGAAAAUGCAUUAGAUCAAAUUUGUGAUAGAACAAAUAUGGACAGUGCUUUACGUAUUGAUCUUGAACGAUCAUUUUAUUUUUUUAUCAAAGCUGCAAAUAAUGUUCUGUCAUCAAGAAAUCUUCAAGCUCCACAUGUUUUAUUUGCACUUGAUAAUAUUAUGCGUCGUGUAGCCGAGCAUCUUGUUGGUCUUAUUCGACCAGAUUUUAUUCCUGCUGUCAGUAAUAUGACACCAUUGACACCAAAUAAUGAUUUAUUAACUAAAGGAUUCCAUCCACGUUCAUUAUCAAUUAAUAGUCUUGAUGGAAAGAUAAAUGAUGAAGUUGCACGUUUACAUGAACAAUAUAGAGACCUUGCUGAAAAAAAUCGCGAAAAACUUCAUCAAUUGAUUAAAAUUGAAGGAAAUAAUGGAAUAAAAUUAACUGAAUUGAUAAAUAACAAACAAAAUAAUUUAUCAAGAAAAACAGUGGGAUUUUUUUUACCUACAGAAAUAUCUACAACAACAGAAAGCAUGAAUUCUUCAAACUCAUCUACUUCAAUAUCAACAGAACAAACAAACGAAAUUCAUAUAACAUCAACGUCUAGAGGAACAAAACGUUCACGUACACUUCUGGAGCUUGAACAAGAACAUGAACGAUUGUUAAACGAUAUUACUGAUAAUCGUACUCGUAUAAAUCAAAUACUAUAUGCAUGA